AUUUUGAAGACUCCAAAUCCUAAAAGGAGUUUAGUUUUGCAGUCGGCUGAGCGCUUAUAAAAGAAGUUGGAUUACCCUAAUUCCCCACAACAUACGUAGCUAGUAACAAUGGUGGGAGAAGGUUUGACAGUUUUGAGGAAGUUGGACGAAGCCAAGACCCAAUGGUACCACUUCACCGCCAUCGUCAUCGCCGGCAUGGGCUUCUUCACCGACGCCUAUGACCUCUUCUGCAUCUCCCUCGUCACCAAGCUCCUCGGCCGCCUCUACUACCACGUCCCCGGCUCUCCCAAGCCCGGCUCCUUGCCGCCCAACGUCUCCGCCGCCGUCAACGGCGUUGCCUUCUGCGGCACCCUCGCCGGCCAGCUCUUCUUCGGGUGGAUGGGCGACAAGUUGGGCAGGAAGAAGGUCUACGGCAUCACCCUCGUCCUCAUGUGCGGCUGCUCCAUUGCUUCCGGGCUCUCUUUCGGGUCCGAUCCCAGAGCCGUCAUGGCCACGCUCUGCUUCUUCCGCUUCUGGCUCGGCUUCGGGAUCGGUGGCGACUACCCUCUCUCCGCUACCAUCAUGUCCGAAUACGCCAGCAAGAAGACCCGCGGCGCUUUCAUUGCUGCAGUCUUCGCCAUGCAGGGCUUCGGGAUCCUUAGCGGCGGAGCCAUCGCCAUGCUCGUCUCCGCCGCCUUCGGAUGGGCUUACAAGGCUCCACCGUACGAGUUGGACCCGGUCGGGUCCAUGCCUCCGCAGGCGGAUUACGUGUGGCGGAUCAUAUUGAUGGCGGGUUCACUCCCGGCGUUGCUGACUUGGUACUGGAGAGCGAAGAUGCCGGAGACCGCCCGUUACACGGCUCUCGUCGCCAAGAACGCUGAGAAGGCGGCGGAGGAUAUGUCGAAAGUCAUGCAAGAGGAUAUAGAGGCCGAAAUUAAGACGACGACGACCUCCGAAAACCCGACAUUAUCAUCAUCAUUCGGAUUGUUCUCGAAGGAAUUCGCCCGCCGCCAUGGAUUACACUUGCUGGGGACGACGAGCACGUGGUUCUUGCUGGACGUGGCGUACUACAGCCAGAACCUGUUUCAGAAGGACAUAUUCACCGCCGUCGGGUGGAUUCCGGCGGCGAAGACGAUGAGCGCCGCCGGGGAGGUGUUCAAGAUCGCGAGGGCGCAGACUUUGAUCGCUCUCCUGAGUACGGUUCCCGGAUACUGGGUGACGGUGGCCACCAUUGAUAGGCUCGGAAGGUUCACCAUCCAACUGGUGGGCUUCACGAUGAUGACCGUUUUCAUGUUUGGGCUUGCCAUCCCGUACGCCCACUGGACCCAGCCGGGUCAACAGAUUUGGUUCGUGGUCCUCUACGCGUUGACCUUCUUCUUCGCGAACUUUGGGCCGAAUGCGACGACGUUUGUGGUCCCGGCGGAGAUCUUCCCGGCCAGGCUGCGGUCCACUUGCCACGGGAUAUCGGCGGCAGCGGGGAAGAUGGGGGCGAUAGUGGGCUCAUUCGGGUUCUUGUACCUGGCCCAGCCCAAAGACAAGUCGAAGGCGGAUGCGGGGUAUCCCGCGGGAAUCGGGGUGAGGAAUUCGCUUAUCGUAUUGGCCGUGGUCAACUUUCUGGGCAUUCUGUUCACUCUAUUGGUUCCAGAAUCAAAGGGCAAAUCUCUUGAGGAAGUCUCCGGGGAGAACAUGGAAGAACAGCCGCCGCAGGGAGAAAACGAUACUUCUGCCGCCGUAUGAUCAUUUAAUAAGAGUAGUUUAUAAAUAUUGACAUUUAUUGCUUGUAGACUACUUUGGUAUACUGUCCUUACCGUAAGGAUCUAAAGUAUUAUUUGAACUAUUUUGUUUCUCCCCCUAAUUUGUUAAUAUACCUCUAAAUUAUUUGAUAUCUAAUUUGUAUUGGUUCUACGUUAAUA